GUUUCCAACAUGGCGACCAGCCGGGUGCUGGAGAGGGAGGUCCAGGAGGAGCCGCGGCGCGCUGCCACCGCAAACCUCGACUUCUGCCUCCAUAAAUACUCCCUGCUCAUCAUCAUUGGACGGACAGCUCACCCCAAACACGCGGGACACACCAGAGGGGACAUUGAGAGAGGUAUCCGGUCAUGGGACGUCGACUUAAAAUCCUGUAACCUGAACCUGUUUCUUCAAGAGUUUCUCUCCCAUCACACAGCGUCUUUCAAGAGUGCAGGUGUUGGCUCUGCUGUCCAGAGACUCAGCGCACAAGCUGUUGAUUUUGGCUGGCCAAAGUGUGGAGGAGAGUGGAGAGUUGCUGUUUCACAAAGGGCUGUUCUCACCAAACCAGCUGAAAAAAAUACUAACAGAGCAGAUCAGGAAAUCCCUGCAUCCUCCUCCAAACUCAGCCUGACCCUCAGCUGUCCCAACAUCGGCCACUGGAGGAAGACUCUCUUGGGAAACCAGCCUCUGCAGGGUCCGUUUACGCUGCACGUCAACCCCCCAGAGGUGCUGCCUGCCAUGGAGGCUCUGGGGGAAUUCACCUCCCUCAUCUCUGGUACCCUCUCUCCUCCUUCUCCCUUCGAUCUCCUGCCUCCUCCCACCACUGUUGGUUUUCUCAAGCUGUCCCGGCCCUGCUGCUACGUUUUCCCUGCUGGCCGCGGUGACUGUGCCUUCUUUGCUGUUAACGGUUUCACGGUGUUGGUGGACGGCGGCUCGGACUCUCAGGCUUGCUUCUGGAAGCUGGUCCGGCACCUAGACCGGGUGGAUGCUAUUUUGUUGACACACAUCGGAACAGAGAACCUACCUGGGGUCAACACCUUUCUGGAGAGGAAGGUGGCUGAGCUGGAAAUCAGCUCCGAUGUCAAAGAUGACGCAUCUAAGAAGCUCAUCUCCCCAGAGCUCGGAGUGGUGUUCUUUAACGCCCCCAGCAGGUUGCAGAUGGAAGAACAGCCUUGUGUUGACAGUGUACUGAAGAGCACACAUCAAGCAGCCCUCACUCUACAGUUGUUAAAGAAAAUAGAUAUCAAACCACAUCCAUUGUUUCGACCACAAGUGAUCCCCAUCGAGCCCCUGACCCUGUUCCAGAAAAUGGGAGUGGGACAGUUGGAUUUAUACAUCCUCAACCCUGGCAAAACCAGUCAGGAGUACCAGACAUUCAUGCAGAACUGGCCUGAUGCAGUGUCAUCAGCACCCAAAUCCCAAACUCUCCCCCUCAACGCCCUGGCCUCAGUGUCCGCCCUGCUUGUGUGGCACCCAGCAUGUCCCCAAGAGAAGGUGGUCAGGGUGCUGUUUCCAGGUAUGACCCCUCAAGCAAAGCUGCUGCAGGGGCUGGAGAAGCUGAAGGGGCUGACCUUCCUCCAGAAACCCACCGUGACCACCGGAGAUCUGGAGAAGCUGGGGGAGGACAUACAAGCCAAGAGGACUGAGAGUCAGGACAGCGUGAAGUCCCAGGGGAAAGAGCCAGCACCCAAAUUUGGGAAGGAUCGGGGAGGAAAAGACGAGGGAAAGGACAAUGGAAAGGGGAAAGUAUUAAAUGGAGUUGCAACAAGAGAUGCUGACAAAAGCAGAAUCAAAGAGGCAGGUGCAAAGCAAAAAGCUGCAGCAUCAGAGAAGAAUACUUCAAAGAAAGGUGGAGGGAAGGAUGGGAAGAAGGAGGAGAAGCCUGGCAAUAAAGAGGAGAACAGUGUUGUCAGGAAUGAUCAAGGGAAAAAGGAAGUCAUCCCUCCUAAACCAAAGAAUGAAAAUAAAACUAAACUCAAAAAGGAAGCAAAAAAUGACUCUAAAACCGGGGCGAAGAAAACAAAGAAACCUUCAGGAAAAGAUGUAAAUAAUGGUAAGAAAACACAUGUAAACACUGAACUGCAGAAACACAACUCAACAAAAUCCAGUGCUGGGACUGUGUCAGAAACCCCAGAUCCAGAGAGUUUGGACACAAAUCAGCAAAAACUGAAGAAAGAGUCCAAAGAGAACCCAUGCAAUUCCAAAAUGUCGACCCCGGAGGACAUGACAGCUGAUUUUCUCCAGCUCCAGGCAGAAACGGAAAAAGAAGAGGCAGAGAAAGGAAAGAAGACAUGCAGUGAGUCAGGAAACAGAAGCAUCCCUGGAGGUCCAAACAACGAGACAGAUAAUGAGGCUGCCGAAGAAGAAGCAGCAGGUUGUGAAAAGAUCAUGGGAGGAGAGAGUGGUGAUAAUGGAGUGAAAGAAAAGCCUCAGACUUCCAAACCAGCAAAAGUUGUAGGGUUUCCAUCUCCCCUGAACAAGGCGCCAAUGAGUGAGCAAACAGCUCAGCAAGACAUAACUCCAACUGAAUACACUCUCCUGGACGGGGCUUUGAGAAGCAGCCCUCCGUCUCGAUCGUCUCCAGAUAACCAGGCCGCCAUCAGCCCUGAAGAGGAGACUGUAGAGCAAACCUCGCCUGAAUCCAGGGCAAACAGUGCCGGCCACACUCCGUACUGUCUGUCCCCGGAUGACGUGUGGUGCAACAGGGCGACUCUCAGUAGAUUACAGGCCCAAAUGGGUAACUUAGACUCAGCUGAUGUCAACCAACCGAAUGGGUCAUCCAAACAAAGUGAGGGGCAGCCCAAGACCACCUCAGAGAGCAACUCGAACACCAGAGAGAAGCAACUGAGCUUCCUCUCUCUGGGUUCAUUUAAAGACGGAUCUUCAGACCCCUCUCCUUCUAUCGCUACUACAACCACCACACACUCCAUGCCGGCAGAGGUGAGCUCGCCGCAGUCCACAGAAGUAGACGAAUCACUGUCCAUGUCCUUGGAGCAGGGACCAACCUAUGUGAGCCAGAGAGAGGGGGAUGACAGCGGCCAUCACUCCAACUCCAAUGGUGGACAUUUUGCAGGGGUGCCUCUACCAACGAAGAAGGCGCCAAGAUCCUCAGGACAGGGAUCAGAUAUGGGACGGCCUUCAGCGCCGAACACGCUUCAUUUUGAGGCGUCAGCACAUGAUGUUGAUCUGUGUCUGGUGUCCCCCUGCGAGUUCAAGCAUUUCAAAGCACCUGACCUCAGCUCAGAUGCAGGUGAGCCCUCCAGAGGAGCCUUUAAUCACGGUAACAACAACAACAAUCUAAAAGAUGCAUCCCCAAGCGAAUCAAACGCCCCUGCCUGCACCGAGGACUGCCCGUCCACCACAGCAGACGGAGCUCUAGACUCAGAUGAGGACGAGUCGUGCAGUGAGCCGUCUAAUUCCCCCCAUGACCGCUGCGCCAGUCGGGCUCUGCCUCAGGACCCGCCUCCAGCUCCUCUCAGGGAUAGUCCGCCGCUGCCUCCACAUCCAGACAGCUCUAUGCCGGUUCCACAGUCUGACUCUGAUGCUCAUGGGAAGAGAGCAAAAGCAGCCAGCAUGCGAGGAAAAAAAAUGCCAGUGGUUAUUGAAGCGUCCCAAAGAUUAGGCUCAGGUAAAAGCAGGACAGGGAGUCAAAGUGGAGUCACAAAGGUCUCUUUGACUCGCACUCCUUCCUCUAGCAACCGUUCAACACCAGCUAAAUCAUCACCAAAUCCAAGCUCUAAAUCUACCUCCAAUGGGGAAGUCAGCGUAUAUGUAGACCUGGCCUACAUCCCCUCUGGAGCCUCCUCUUCGACAGUCAACGUGGACUUCUUCAGGUGUGUUCGCUCCUCCUGCUACAUCGUCAGUGGCGACAGUCCAGAAAGAGAGGAGCUGUUGAGGAACACGUUGGAUGCACUGCUGGAUGGAAAGAUGUCCUGGCCUGACAGUGUGCAGGUCACAGUGAUCCCUACCUUUGAGUCGAUGCUGAUGCAGGAGUGGUACCAGCAGACUCUGGACCGGCAGAGGGAGCUGAGCAUCACCGUGCUCGGAUCCAACAGCACUGUUGCCAUGCAGGACGAGACCUUUCCAGCCUGCAAGAUCGAGUUUUGAGGAAGUCUUGGGCAUGCAGCGACAGGAACAUUUCUGAGUGGAUGAUGACAUGAGAGACUCCCCCUCUCUUUCCCUGGCGAAUCAUUUUUGUGGGCGACUUUUACACCCAAAUUUCUCUUCAUCCAAUGGGAACACAUUCCUGUGAGGAGUGUUGCAUGUUUUUUUUUUAGCCUAUGACCCUGUGCAAAACAGGAGAGGAGAACAAACUGUCUGCAAGAGAUGCAUGUCGGGCUGCCAACAUGUUGAUCCACAUGAGAGCUGUAGAUUAGUAAAUAAAGUUAGCAUACACAGGGUUAAGAAGGUGCAAUGUAUGGGCUUGUCUUUUUAAUACAGUCAGCUCUGAGGUGCAAUAGUAGUUUUUGUUAUAUCAAGGGGGCCAUUUUGCUGCUUUAGAUGCAUAUUUUUUUGCAUUUGAUUUAAAAUCAGGUUGCUCCUGACUGCAUUAAUUGCAUUUUGUUUCUAGUAUUUGCUACAAUUGUAUUUAUCUAAUGGACGCAGACGAUGUCUGUAUCAUUCUAAGAAAGUCUGACAUUGUGCUUAUAAUGCAGUCACAUUCUCAGUGUGUGGUCAGGUGUGUUGUGAGCACUGUAGGCAGACGUGAGGUGAGCUGUGUGUUCUACCCGCUUUCAUGUCCGUGUGACCUCAUGGUCGACCGUGAGAUUGAAAGGACUCAGAUUCGACGUAUCUGACAAUAUUGAGUGAUAAUCUCCCACUGGAUAUGAGAUUACUCAAUCUGAGUGUGCAGAGUUAAAUCCAUCAAAAGGGAUUAGAAGAGGACCGGAUUAGACUUAAUGGCAUUACAGCAAUCAUCUUAUUAAAAAUGAUAAUAUUUGUAAUCCGUUGCUGCUGCUUAAAUCAUCAGGAAUCAGAAAAUGAAUGCUUGAAAAAUUACUUGUUAUUUACUUGACUGUGAUUAUGAUCAUACAGUUUAUUGUACACUAAUAAACUGCAUACACACUUGGUGUAGUUAAAGGGGAUGGCAAUGACAUCUUCACAGUUGUACUUUGUAUAUACUAAAAAAAGUGAAAGAUGAAUAAUUACAUUUUUUUUAAUUUUUGGAAAAUAACCCUGACACCGAAGGAUCCAAUAUCUAAAUGCUAUAAUUGGUGAACGUAAACAGUAAGGCAUUAUCAGAUGGGUCCAUGUUAAUGCAGAAAGUCACAGAGAGUGAAGAGUAAAACGCUUGUUCUAUUUGUAAAUGAAAUCAAAAACAAUGGCAGAUUAAAAUUCCAAUAAAUUCCUGGCAUGAUGAAUUUCAUACAGUUUAAAAUGUAUAAAUAGUUCUAUUUAACUUGAUAACUAAUGAAUGAUUUUACUGCGCUUAUAAUGAAGCAGCCCCUGAAAAUAUAGAACUGCUUUCACUCUCAGCACAAAAAACUAAAUUGACUCAACUCUAACACUUCUUUCAAUAGGAACCAAAUUAGAUACAUUUUCCUUCUAUUAUUAUGAGUAAAAUACAGAGACACUUUGUAAAAAAAAAAAUCUGGAUCAUCCGUCUGAAUGUCCUAUUAUUCUUGAGGGAUGUAAAGUGAUCAUCUUUUUUUGCAGUUUUUCCCGUUUAAAGGAUUAGUUCACACAAUUGUGAAUGUGGCAUAAAGUCUCUUUUAUACCAAAGCAUGACAUCACACACGCACACACACACACACACACACACGCACACACACACACACACACACACCACCAACUAUUUUCCUGUCCAUCUGAAUGCUGCCUCCACAUUAUAUGUAUGCACUGUGAAACUUUUAAAUUGACAUGCUCAAUGUUUUGAGAUUUCUCUUUUUGUGCAUCCUUUGUCUUUAUUUUGUUAUUUUCUCAACUGUGUAUGCCACACGUGUUUGUCACAAUCCCUAAAACAACACCCAACAUCUUACACUCUGCUAAAGGAUGCCAAAUUAAACAAACAAUUGGUUAUUGAGUAGUUAUGGGUAAAAAUGGCUUGAACCCCACUGUAGCCAAGUGAAUUGUAACUAUGUGUAUCUGUUCGCAUGUAUUAAAUACUGUAUGUACUGUAUGUUGUUUCAUUCAUGAUAUUCAUGAAGAAGACAGAGGGCAAAGCACUGUGGGAGAGGGUGAGAUUGAGGUUAAAAAAACAUCACUGCAGGGGUUGAACAUGGACAGUCUUUCACUUUGUAAUUGUAUGUACGCACAGUAACAAUGUCAAAUAUGUGGGCUUUGGGGCUGGGACUAAUGUAUGAAUAAAGAAUGUGCAUCACCAUCCAA